AUGCUCGCCAUCGAAGUCGCCAGACCCAAACAAAAUUCCUACUUCCAACCCAUGAUGGAUCCCAACAUGAUGGAUAUGUUUCCUUUUCCCAGCGACGACAUGCAUACAAGUUAUGCGCCGGCCGAUUUCGCUAGACUUCCUCAGUCAUACUUCGAUCUCCAGCCCCAGUUUGCGGAAGCGGAAAUGUCCAAGAUUUCCGGCAAUUUCUCCUCUAUGCCUGCCACUCCUCCUUCCCUCACUACUUCCCACGCAACCGAACCACACAUUCCCACAGGAUCUGCAGCUUCAGGGCCAUCCAUUGCGAGUGCCCCUUCAUCAGCUAUUGGAUCACCAUAUUCAGGACCAACACCAGUCUACCAGGAUAAUUGGGUCAACACCAACCACGGCUUGGGUCUACCAAUGGCUGUUAUGCCUGAUCUUUUCUCCAAUGAAUAUAUGGCAGGUGCGUUGGAUAUGGAUGGCUUCUACAGAGAGAAAAUCCCCGAUCCUUUUGUUGAUCCAUCCUUGAUUCAACCAGUGCCAAUGGGCCCGAACUUUACACACACCCUCUCACAUCCUGAUCAACAAACAAAUGCCAUGUACUACAACGUACCUCCUAGCUUUGUCUCACAAUCUCCCGCCACAUCACCUCUCCCAUAUAACGGCAGCGUGGAGCAACAGUCGCCAGCACUGAACCCAUUUCAGUAUAUGACCGAAGGUCUUCUAUCUCUUCUCAUUCAAUCUCGACGUUCCCAGCAAAGUCCAGCUUUGAGCAGUCUUGAUGGAGACGACGAGGUCAAGGAAAAAGGACGGUGUAUGGACUGUGGCCGGGUCUUCAAGGACCUGAGAGCCCACAAGCUUACUCACUUGUCCGAGCGACCUGAGAAGUGCCCAAUUAUGAACUGUGAAUACCACACCAAGGGCUUUGCCCGCAAAUACGAUAAGAACCGUCACACCCUGACCCACUAUAAGGGAACGAUGGUGUGCGGCUUCUGUCCGGGAUCCGGCUCCCCCGCAGAGAAGAGCUUCAACCGCGCAGAUGUUUUCAAGCGCCACUUGACUUCCGUCCACGGUGUUGAGCAGACACCACCCAACUGUCGCAAGCGCAGCCCGACAGCAUCCAGCAAGAAGGGUACCAACUACAGUGGUGAUGCAACUGGCAAGUGUUCUACUUGCUCAACAAUGUUCAGCAACGCACAGGACUUCUAUGAGCAUUUGGAUGACUGUGUUCUCCGAGUGGUGCAACAGGAGGAACCAUCUGAGGCGAUCAACCAGCAGCAUCUGGCUGAUGUUGCCUCUGACGAGGAGGUGAUGAAGACGAUGGAGAAGCAUCAACUGUUUGACACGGCUGGUCCCGUGGAACAGUACGAUGAUAAUGACUCUCAUGACGAUGACGACUCUCAUGACCCCUCUAACUGGCGCGCUGGCCGUGGCGUACCAAAAUCUACCAAGGGAGCUUCUGGCUCCUCCCGACCGAUCAUUGGAAACGGCAACGCGAUCAAUAAGACCAACGCUUCCAGCGCCACCGGCAAAGGUCCCCGGGCCGUUGUGAACCGCCGUCGCAAUAACCGCGGCAACUACCCCCAAUCCUGGGGAUGCCCGAACAGCAGCAUGAAGACCAAGAAGCGUGUUCUCUGCGUCUUCGAUGGCCCCCGCCGGCUAUGGAAAGACGAGAUGAUGCUGAACAACGAAUUCGAAGUCCGUCUCCGUCUGCCAGGCGGUCCAGGAGAUGGUACCAACCGGGAUGCCUAUGUGACUGAUCUCGAUGUGGAGACCAUGAAGCGCGCUGAAGGAGUUCACAGUGCCAACGAUGAGCAGCGUGGUGCCUGGCUGAGUGGCCCAAGUAACCAUCUCAUGGGUCCCCCAGCUGUUCUCCUCCCUGAGCUGUGCCACUCCCACGACGAUGAGGUAUCGAUUCAUGAACUCAUGGCUUGA